AUGGAAGCACAAAAGCGAAAAGACCGGGAUCCCUGCCCGAGACAAAAAGCGAACUUUCUCUCCUACAUCAUAUUUGGCUGGACGAUACCGAUCUUCUUCAAGGGCUACAAGAAGGAGCUGAACACGGACGAUCUGUAUCAACCGUUGCGCGAGCAUAAAUCCGACGGGCUCGGCAAUCGAUUGUGUGAGGCAUGGGAAAACGAACAGAAGCAGGCACGGUUGAAAAACAGAAAACCGAAACUGUUGCGCGCAGGAUUCCGCGUGUUUGGCUGGGAAAUUGCAUUGUUGGGCUUGGUGCUCUUAACGCUGGAAAUGUUGUUCAAAGUAACACAACCUUUCUUCCUGGGCAAACUGGUCGCGUACUACUCCCGGCAGUCCGGCGAUCUCACGGAAGCGUAUCUGUAUGCGGGUGCGGUUGUACUGUGCAGUGCGAUUAACGUCCUGUUUAUUCAUCCAUACAUGCUGUCCCAAUUGCACCUUGGCAUGAAGUUACGUGUGGCAGCGUGCAGCAUGAUCUACCGCAAGUCACUUCGGUUGAGUAAAACGGCUCUCGGUGACACGACGGCCGGGCAGGUUGUGAAUCUGCUUUCGAACGACGUGGGUCGGUUAGAUUUGGCCGUGCUGUUUGUGCACUAUCUGUGGAUUGGACCACUAGAGACGCUGGUUGUAACGUACCUGAUGUACCGGGAGAUCGGCUAUUCGGCCGUGUACGGUGUGCUGUUUUUGCUACUGUUUAUACCGCUGCAGGCGUACCUGGGUAAGAAGACGUCGGAACUUCGAUUGCGUACAGCACUGCGCACAGACGAGCGUGUGCGGUUGAUGAAUGAGAUCAUUCAGGGUAUUCAGGUGAUCAAGAUGUACACGUGGGAGAAACCUUUCGCCGCCUUGGUAGCGAUGGCAAGAAAGAAGGAAAUAAAAGUCAUUCGCUACGUAUCAUACAUCCGCGGUAUUCUGCUGUCGUUCAUCAUGUUUACGACACGCGUAUCGAUCUUCCUCAGUCUGGUUGCAUAUGCACUUGCGGGCCAAGUUGUGACUGCGGAGAAAGCAUUCGCCAUCACGGCCUAUUACAACAUUCUCCGUACAACGAUGACUAUCUUCUUCCCGCAAGGCAUUGGUCAAUUCGCCGAAGCGCUCGUGUCCGUACGCCGUAUACAGAAAUUCAUGCAAUACGAGGAAAUUGAGGCUGCGGAAGGCGUUUCAAUGGUGGCGGUUGAUGGAAAGGAUGUGUCCUCUUCAUCGUCCGACCUAGAGGAGAAACCAAAUUCGGACCCAUUGGCGUUACCCAACAGCAAACUAAUCCGUCACUCGGAAUCAGACGGCUUGAAGGAAAGCGCGGUAAACAAUCAUCUGUCCGAUGCCGGUGUGAUUGUGGAGAAAGCGGUAGCACGCUGGGACUCGAAAGCGACCGAGUACACGUUGGACGGGGUGGAUCUGCACGUACAGCCUGGCACACUGGUAGCCGUUAUUGGACCGGUCGGCGCGGGCAAAUCCAGUUUGAUCAAUGCGAUCCUUGGCGAGUUGCCGCUGGAGUCUGGCAGCAUAAAAGUGAACGGAGACGUUUCGUUCGCUUCCCAGGAACCGUGGCUCUUCUCCGGUACGGUGCGCCAGAACAUUCUUUUCGGUUUGCCGAUGGAUCGUGAACGCUACAAACAGGUGGUGAAGACGUGUGCUCUCGAGCGUGACUUUCAUCUAUUUUCGGACGGCGAUAAAACGAUCGUGGGUGAACGAGGGGUGUCGCUGUCCGGUGGGCAGAAGGCACGCAUCAGUCUCGCCCGUGCCGUCUACCGGCGGGCGGAAGUUUACCUGCUGGACGAUCCACUGAGCGCGGUUGAUUCGCACGUUGGCCGGCAUCUGUUUGACCACUGCAUGCGCGACUAUCUGCGGGGCAAGAUCGUGAUACUGGUUACGCACCAGCUGCAGUACCUGCAGAACGCGGAUCAGAUCGUCGUGAUGAUGCACGGCCGGGUGGAAGCGGUCGGGACGUACGAUAAACUGCGCGAAAGUGGGCAGGACUUUGCCCAGCUACUGGCGGCACCAUCGGGCAAGGAGGACGAUAGUACCGAUACGGAGUCGAUCAAGCGAUCGGGCAGUCUGUACAAGCGACAGAACAGUGAAUCGAGCAUGGAUUCGGCAGUGGCCGAUGGUGAUGGACCGGAAACAAAGGCGACUGAAGAACGGCAAAAGGAAGGCUCGAUCGGAUAUGAUGUGUAUCGGGCGUACUUUAAGGCGAGUGGUGGUAACGUUGUGGUGCUGUUGAUUCUGUUUAUGUUUUUGCUGUCACAGCUCAGCGCUUCCGGGGGUGACUAUUUUCUUACCUACUGGGUAAACAAAGCAGAAGAAAGGGCUCCAGCCGUAAGCGAGGAAAGUCGCGCAAUGUUUAGUGCGUUGAGCAACGGGACGGCUAUCGAUGGGGCUGAUGAUGAUGGGUUUAAUGUCACGACCACGUUCGAACCGCCAACGGCUCCUGCUGCAACAGUGGGCGGUAUUGCCAUGUUCUUUACCGCAAUUCGGCAAAUGUUUGCAACAGGAGAUGAGGAUGAGGAUCGGUAUAUCGACAUCUACAUCUUCACCGCGCUAACGGUCGCCACGGUUGUGAUAACACUCACCCGAAGCAUGUUUUUCUUCCGGACGGCAAUGAAAGCUUCCCGCAAGCUCCACGACGCUAUGUUCAAUGGUAUCACGCGUGCUUCCAUGUACUUCUUCAACACGAAUCCGUCUGGCCGUAUUCUGAACCGCUUUUCGAAGGAUAUGGGCCAAAUUGAUGAGUACUUACCGAGUGUGACGGUGGACGUGAUACAGAUUUUCCUUUCCCUGAUCGGUAUCGUGGUAGUGGUGGCGAUCGUCAACCCCUACAAUCUCAUCCCGACGGUCAUAAUUGGAAUCAUAUUCUACUUCAUGCGCGCCUUCUAUCUACUCACAUCACGCAACAUUAAGCGAGUGGAAGCAAUCACACGAUCUCCGAUCUACUCUCAUCUCUCCGCAUCGCUUUCGGGUCUAUCGACAAUUCGUGCAUUCGGUGCGGAAAAAGUACUCGUGCAUGAGUUCGACUCACAUCAGGACCUGCACAGUUCCGCCUUCUACCUGUUCAUUUCGACGUCGCGCGCUUUCGGCUUCUAUCUGGACGUAUUCUGUGUGAUCUACAUAGCGAUCGUCACGCUAACCUUCUUCAUUCGUGGUGAUAGUGGCGGUAACGUGGGUUUGGCUAUUACGCAAGCGCUCGGUAUGACCGGUAUGGUGCAAUGGGGAAUGCGGCAAUCGGCCGAGCUCGAGAACACGAUGACGUCGGUCGAGCGGGUGGUAGAAUAUGAUAACGUUGAUCCAGAACCGGCACUGGAAGCACCGGCCGACAAAAAACCCCCGAAAGAGUGGCCCCAGGAGGGACGGAUUCGUUUCGAGAAGGUAACACUACGCUACAGUCCCGAGUCCGACAGCGAUCUGGUGCUGCGUGAUUUGGAAUUUGAAAUUGAGCCACGUGAAAAGAUUGGUAUCGUCGGGCGAACGGGCGCGGGUAAAUCAUCCCUGAUCAAUGCACUGUUCCGGCUGUCGUACAAUGGUGGCUCGAUAUUGAUCGAUGCGCGCGACACGAACCAAAUGGGUCUGCACGAUUUGCGUGCGAAGCUUUCGAUCAUUCCACAGGAACCGGUGCUGUUCUCGGGCACGCUGCGCUACAAUCUCGAUCCGUUCGAUGAGUACCCGGACGAGAAGCUGUGGCGUGCGCUGAAGGAGGUAAAGCUAGAGGAGGCAGUAAACGAGCUGCCGUCCGGAUUGUCCUCGAAGAUUAACGAGGGUGGCAGUAACUUUAGUGUCGGCCAGCGGCAGCUCGUCUGCCUGGCUCGGGCAAUUUUGCGCGAAAACAAAAUUCUGGUAAUGGACGAAGCGACGGCUAAUGUCGAUCCGCAAACGGAUAAGUUGAUCCAGCAGACUAUUCGGGAGAAAUUUAACGACUGUACAGUAUUGACGAUAGCCCACCGUUUGAACACCGUUAUGGAUUCAGACAAGGUGCUUGUUAUGGACGCUGGUCGUUGUGUUGAGUUCGGUACGCCGUACGAGUUGUUAACCACCGAAGGAGGUUCCAAAGUGUUCUACGGAAUGGUAAAACAGACGGGCAAGAGCACAUUCAACACACUGCUUAAGAUCGCCGAGGAGUCUCACAAUCAAAAGCUGAAGCCGAUAAAGGAGGCUGAAGCAACAUAA